GCCUAUAUCCUUCAGAUAAGGCAAGGCGGUGGAGUGAGGUGGGACAUCUUGUGAUACACACUGUCUAGUUCCUGGUAGUACUGACAGUACGUUACUUCUGGUAGAUGGGUUUCAAGAUGUGGGUGUUGAUGGCUGUGACCUUUUUGAUUUCCGGAUCUAUAGAAACAUUGAACAUUCCAAGUGAAGAAAAUGAAAUUAAUUAUAAAGUGGUCCCUGAAGUAUACAUGAACGUUAGUGAGCUGAUCACCUACAGAGGAUACCCCAGUGAGGAGUACGAGGUGGUCACUGAUGAUGGUUAUAUCCUGACCAUAAACAGAAUUCCACAUGGAACCAAGUUACAGUCUGUAGGUGGUAAACCUGUAGUAUUCCUACAACAUGGCCUGCUUUCGGAUGCCAGUGUCUGGGUCUCUAACUUUGAGUACAAUAGUCUGGGGUUUAUCCUGGCUGAUGCCGGCUAUGAUGUCUGGAUGGGAAAUAGCCGAGGCAGCACAUGGUCCCAGAAACACAAGAGCCUGUCCCCUAAAGAUAGAGAAUUCUGGGCCUUUAGCUUUGAUGAAAUGGCAAAGAAAGAUAUUCCUCCUGUUAUAGAUUUCAUUUUAAAGACAACAGGUCAGGAACAAAUUUAUUACAUCGGCCAUUCUCAAGGAACCACUAUAGCAUUCAUAGCAUUCUCUACUAUGCCCCAGAUGGCCAAAAAAAUCAAAAUGUUUUUUGCCCUUGCUCCGGUAGUUACUCUUCAACAUGCCAUUGGUCCAAUUACAGCUUUCAAAUAUGUGCCAGACUGUCUUAUUAAGACCAUUUUUGGUUACAAAGAUUUUCUGCCAUCAUCAAGGAUUAUCAAACUGCUGGCCGAUAAAUUCUGUAGUCGUGCUGUGCUGAAAGAAAUAUGUGGCAAUUCUUUCUUCGUCCUGUUUGGAUUUAAUAAGGAGAACAUGAAUAUGAGUCGGGUGUCUGUGUAUAUGUCUCACUGUCCUGCUGGAACAUCUGUACAAAAUAUGGACCACUGGUCACAGGCUCUGCGAUCAAACCAGCUAAAGGCUUAUGACUGGGGUCGGAGAGGAAAUAUAAAACAUUACAACCAGACCACCCCUCCUUUGUUCAAAAUAAAAGACAUGAAGAUUCCCACAGCUUUGUGGAGUGGGGGCAAUGACUGGUUGGCUGGUCCUAAGGAUGUCGCACUAUUACUGCCUGAAAUAGACAACCUGGUCUAUCACAAGGAGAUACCAGAGUGGCAACAUGUAGAUUUUAUCUGGGGUAUAGAUGCUCCAUACAGAGUGUACAAUGAAAUUAUUCAGCUCCUAAACAAGUUUUCAUAAAUUGUACCACCUCAUAAUUUUUCUGUUUUGUAGCGAAAGUCCCCAGGCAAUAAUGAUUAUAAAGACAGUGGCUGGGCCAUAUCAUUGCUGUAAGAAGUAUUUAAAAUGUUCGGAAAUACUUUCAAUAAAAGUCUAUUGUUUAAGAAAAAUAAAAUGUCCGUAAACCACAACAAUAAACGUUGAUUUUCCUCUUUUGGUCUGUUAAAGUGUCAUUAAAACCAAAUCAUAAAAAACUAUCAAUAAAUGUUGUAUUACCGAA